UCCUCCAUCUAGCAAAGCUUUAGACGAUCCUGUUUGGAAGCGGAUAGAGUGUUGGAAAUAAACACGUCAUGGGUGUGUUCCUGGCGUGCGAGUCAGUACGUGUGUGUCGCGAGUUAGAGUGGUUGUUUCCUUCGUGAUGAAUUAGAAUAACUGAGGCUCACCAACCAAGUCUAGUCCUCGCAGAUCAAUAUCUCACAUCCUUGGUAGCAAACAGAUAUUACCCCCCACCAAGCAGUGGUCUUCUUCAUGAAAAGCCCGUCCAUCCUUCAUUCUCUCUACCUAGAUCCGAAGCACAUAUUCGAGGAGCUCCAUCUAUCAAUCCUGCUUAAUGUUUUCUUGAUCUAGCUUUCUUUCUUUCUUUUGAACGAAAUAUCCUCGAUCUACAUUUUUCCACCCUAUUAUUUUUUUUCUUUUUCUUGCUUGUUCUCGAUUGUGCUUGAAAUCCUAGCUGGUAGCAGCAUGUUCUUGGUAGCCUGUGUAAAUAGCUCAAUGUUAUUCUAUUUUCUUCGUUCUAUUUUAGAUCCACAAUUCAUGCAGGUGCGAUUGCAUUAGCAAGGUUGUCCUUCUGACAAAAACACAUAUGUUGUAAUACAUAGCUGGAGCUCUUUGAUCAAGGAAACAAAGUGAGGAAAAUAAUGGAUUGCUGAAAACUUGAGAUAAGGCUUCUCACACGAAAAGUGUAUCAGCUUGAGAGAAUGGAUAUUAACACAAAGGAAACUUUUGAACACAGUGUUGAAAUUAUUUUCUCCAGAAUUCUAAGCAAUUCUUGGUACUAGUUGUGGGUGUAGUUGUAUUCUUUGUUCCUGCUGAGGGCUUUGAAGUUUAUGUGAAGUUUGUGUGCAAGUCAGGACCCUUAAACCUCCUAUCAAUCUUACUUAGUGUCCUCGAUCGAGCUUUCUUUCUUUGUUUUUUCAAACGGAAUGCUCUCGAUCUAGCUUUCCUCCAUAUUAUUAUAUUCUUUUCCUGCACUCAGUGCUUGGCUCAUUCACCACAAGCUGCGCUUCAUCUUGAACUCAACCACCCAUCAAUCCUUCAUUCUUUCUUCAAGCACAAUCGAAGAGCUGAACCAUCAAUCCUAUAAUUCUUGCUUAAUGGCCUCGAUCUAAAUUUCUUUCUUCCUUUUGAUCUAAAUUAAUUUGGCAAUGCGAUCUAAAGUCGCAUUAUUUUUUCUUUUCUGGCUUCUUUUUUGGGGAAACAGGAGGGUUUUACCAAUUAAAAAAAGGACAGGUACAAAUCAAGUACUAAUUAAGAUACAAAGAGGGUUUUUCUGGCUUCUCGUUUGUGCUUUACAUCUUAGCUGGUAGGUUUCACAAUUAAUUAGCGUGCCUGCGUAAAUUUCUCUGAGUUGCUCUGUUAGAAAGGUUGAUGAUUAAUGCAGGAACGAAAGUGUUAGCAAAGGUCCUUCUGAAGAAAAAAAAACUGCUGUUUUUCAUUGCUCCUUAUAUAUUGAGCUACCAUCUUGCUACUGCUACCAUCUUGCUACUGUAAUGUUGGAUUGCUACGUAUAUAUUGAUAUUGGAUUGCACUUGUGUCAACUUGAUGCAUGCUAGCUGGUAGUACUAUAUUUAAAACCCCAGUGCUUGGCUCAUUCACGACAAGCUGCGCUUCAUCUUGAACUCAAUGCAACCACCCAUCAAUCCUUCAUUCUUUCCUCAAGCACAAUCCCAAGAUCUGAACCAGAAGUAAGGUUUCACAAUUACCUGUUAUAUCAGCUUUGCACAUGCCAAGUUUAUUGUUUCAUCUCAAGAGCUAUCCACACUGGGCUUGUACGCUUGCAGGUGUUACAAGUAAUUAAGGCUGAACAUGCCAAUCUCUCGAGAGCUUGGUGCCUAGCCCCAGCUUGGCGCAUUGCGGCAUGGAUCUUGUGUCCGGGGCGGUGGGCAGCGUCAUCGGAAAGCUCGGCGAGCUGCUCCAGGCGGAGUACAAUCUGCAGAAGGGCCUGCAUGAGCAAAUCAAGUUUCUGAAAGAUGAGCUCGAGAGUGCGCAGACGGCUCUCAGCAAGGUGGGCGAGGUGCCGCCGGAGCAGCUUGAUCCACAGGUCAAGCUGUGGGCUAGCAAGGUCAGGGAGGCGUCCUACGACAUGGAGGACAUCCUCGACACCUUCCUUGUCAGCAUCGUCGACGUAGACACCCCAGCUGAGAAGAAGGAUGGCCUACUCAAACGUCUCCUCAAGAAUAUUGCCAACUUGUUCAACAAGAGCAAGGAGCGCCACACCAUGGCCGGCGCCAUCGAGGCCAUGAAGAAGCGACUUCAGGAGGUGGCUGACCGCCGUGACAGGUUCUCGGUUGCGGUGUCGCAACCUGUGUUGCCAACAAAGCCGGAUCCUCGCCUUGCGGACAUGCACAAAGAAGCAGCCCAGCUCAUCGGCAUCGAGGAGACGAAGGGGGACCUCAUAGCCAUGCUUCUGCCGACGCCUCACGGCAAUGGAGAUUCUGACGUCUCUGGCAGCAAUAACAAGAUGAAGAUAGUUUCAGUGGUUGGAGUUGGGGGACUGGGCAAGACGACUCUUGCCAAGGCGGUUUACGAUGAGCUUUGUGAUAGUCCGCGAUAUGAUUGUAGAGCCUUUCUUUCCGUUGGCCGGAAACCUGACCUGGCACAAGUCUUGAAAGAGAUCUUCCUUCUUCUCGACAAAAAGGAGUACGAGGCCAUUCGUGAUGUAAAGAACGAAUCCCUGCUUAUUAGUGAACUCCGAACAUUCCUCCAAAACAAGAGGUACUUCAUCGUUAUUGACGAUGUAUGGGACAUACCAACUUGGAAGACAAUUAAAACAGCCUUGGUUGAGAAUGAGAGUGGAAGUAGAGUAAUCACAACUACUCGCAAUCAAGAUGUAGCCAGCAUGGAGGAGGUUUAUGAGCUACGCACACUUUCCCCUGAUCACUCAGAGAAAUUAUUCAAAACAAGGCUGUUUGGUGUUAAUGGUGAAUAUCCUGCUAAUCACCCUGCGGAGGCAUAUGAAAAGAUUCUGAAAAAAUGUGGUGGUAUACCAUUAGCUAUCAUCACAAUGGCCAGUUUGCUGGUGGGUAAAUCAAGAGAAGAUUGGUUUGCUGUGUGCAACUCUCCUGGUUUCUAUCGUGGUCAGGGUAACCAGCAGGUAGAUGAUACUGAGUGGAUAUUGUCUCUUAGCUACUAUGAUCUGCCUUCUUAUCUAAGGACCUGCUUACUGUAUCUAAGCGUGUAUCCAGAAGACUAUGAUAUUGAGAAAGAUUCUUUGAUAUGGAAAUGGAUAGCUGAAGGUUUCGUGGAGAAGAAAAGAGGGACCAGCUUGUUUCAGCAGGGAGAGGAAUACUUCAAUCAGCUCAUAAAUAGAAGCAUGAUCCAGGCGGUCGAGUCAGAAGCGAAUGGCAUAGUAUAUGCCUGUUAUGUUCAUGACAUGGUUCUUGAUCUCAUAUGUGCCUUGUCAUAUGAAGAAAACUUUGUGACUAUCUCAUCAAAUGAUGAUGAAGGAACAUCGCCACAUCAGAAUAGGGUGCGCAGGUUAGCUCUCCAGAACAGAAUUAUGAAGCAAACUCAGCAGGACGAUCACAUGGACAUCGCACAAGUGAGGUCAUUGGUUGCCUAUAGUUCUGAUAUUCAGAGUUGGGUCUUGCAUCCAAGCUUUAAACUCUUGCGAGUGCUAGAUGUAGCGCAAUACAAAAUGCCUGAGCCAGGCUGGCAGGGUCUUAAGCACCUUGGAAAUCUACUUCAUUUGAGGUACCUUGGGCUACGAUAUGUACAAGGUGGUGAAUCUGGUAUUAAUCAGCUCCCGGAAGAAAUAGGAAAACUGAAGUUUCUACAGACACUUCACUUGCAUGGUUCUUAUGUAAAGGUACUGCCAUCGGCCAUUUGCCAGUUAACGCAGUUGGUCUGCCUACGUGGCGACUUCUCUACGUGCGUGCCUGAUGGGUCGAUCCUGAGGAAGGUGACGUCAUUAGAGUACCUGUGUAUACGUAUUGAUAACUUGGAUGAGGAGUCCCAGCGGCAAUUUAUGAAGGACGUUGGCAACCAGAGCGAACUCAGGGUGCUCAACAUUAGUGUUGGUCACUUGAAAGGGAUAGUGCAGUCAGAUCUUGUGCAUUCACUAGGCAAUCUCCACAAACUCCAGCAUCUGGAACUAAGGGAUUAUAAGGGUGAAGCCGCAAUGAGGGAGUGGGACAGAGCGGUGUUUCCGGGGCAUCUCCAGCAUUUGGAGUUAACUUCUGUACCGUUCCGUCAGCUGUCAUCAGGGAUUAGUCCCAUGCAUCUCCCCAUCCUCCACUACUUGUGCUUGAGAGUGGAUCAUAUGGACGAGCGAGGUUUGAGAGCCCUGGGUGCAUUGCCAGAGCUCCGUUUCCUCAUUCUGUCAACGCGUCGGCCGUCGAUGGCUUGCAUGGCAACUGUAGCUAAUAUAAAUACUGUGGUUGAUGGCUUCUUCAAGAAGUUGAGAUGUUGCAAGUUGUAUGGUUGGAUGGUCCAGUUGGUGCUCAACGAGUACUCUACUGGUGUUUCAUUUAGCAUCUGGAAUGGGAUGGGUGCUACAGCCUUUGGUACCAAAACAAAGGAUGAAUGCAGCAGAUCAAUAGCACAACAGCCAGUGAUGCCGAACCUCCAAGAGCUUUGGUUUGAUGUUCCCGUCAGGGCCUUAUAUAAGGAUGGAAACGGUAGCUGCGGUGAUCUCGGGCUGGAGUGCCUCCCUUCAUUUUGCAGUGUCAAAAUAGCUGUCGACUGUGAGGGUGCCUCUAUUGAUGACGUGGAGAAGGUAGAGGCUGAGCUGAGGAACACAUCACAACUCCAUCCCAACGGUCCAAGAAUCAUACUCAAACGACGCAAAGACGAUUAUUUGCAGCUGGCGAUGAAGCUGCUGUCACGGAGUCAGGAUGCGACAACCCCGCGACACCUGGCUGUUGAAUCUGUUCAAUGCAAAUCAGUCUUGCCUCUUCUGCAUGCACAUGUUAAGCUUGGCUUGCUCGGUGGGAGGAGUUGCUCGGUGGGAGGAGUUAACUUCAGGACCCUGGAAUGGUAGCAGUGCAUGUUACCUGGCACAUGUUUGGUUUGACAUGCCUGAAUUUGUGGUGCAUGUUUAUUCUUUUAAAUAUCGUGUGCACAAUAUUUUCAUUGUUUCCUAGCUAAGAAAAAACAAAAAAAAUCCGAAAAAAAAGCAAAACCUGGAAAACUACAAAAUAAAAUUCUUAUAUCUAUAUUUUUGUUUCUUUUGAGUGGGUGGGUAGGGAACUCUGCCUAUGCAAUUUUAAGGUAAUACUUAAUUUCACAUAGCAUCCCAAGCCUAGAAAAAGGAGGAGGGACUACCCAUACGCAUUGCUGAGACCAUAGCAAGUUAUUGUCGGAUUUGGAACAGUGGAAAGUUAGUUGACCGCACGGGUCUGCUGGUGUGGAAUUAGGCCUGAUCGAUAGCUUUACCUGAAUGGACUCUGUUUCUAGUCACCGUCCGACUCUGUUUCUGUUUUCUAAAUAUCCAGUCCUGCCUUGCAAGUCGAUUUGCUGUAAUCUGUCUACACAAGAUAAACCAAUUGAUUCAGCAACGACACAAACCAUGGCAAUUGAUUCUAGAUAAUUAAUGUUUGGAGGUGCGUAACUGUGUACCGGGUUGAUCUACUAGGCAAUUCAGUUUCCUGCAGUUUCAGACCUGUAAUAAUAUCUGAGCUGCUAGUUUGUUGGUUUCUUCCAUUUGGCUGUGUCAUGUACGUCGUGCAAAUAACUUUUGGGACAUA